AUGAAAGUAUGCCAAGCAGAAGAUGGAACUCUGCUGUUGGAUACAAAACAAUUCUUACCAACUACACCAACAACAACAAUAACUGAUAAUGUCGGAGACAAUGUACCAAACAUUUAUACAAUCUUUCAACUCAAACAAGUUUUGGAAAAAUCAACGAACAUUUCUAUUGAGAAUCAAAUAUUAUUGGAUUCAAAAGGAGCAAAAGUAGACAAUGAACAAACUAUUGCAGACUUUGAUGAUGAUGAGAAUUUGUAUCUUUUUGAUAGAAUGUCCUUUUCAUCAAAAUCAAAGGCUCAAGUGUUAUUAAAAAUUAUUUCCGAUGAAUUUGGACAGUUAGAGUUACGAGAAAUCAAUCCUACAAAUAUUAUUCUACCAGAGGAAAUUCAGAAAAAGAUUAAGAACAAUGAACUAUUCAAAUAUGUUCAACAAUUUUACAUUCAAUUAUUACAGGCUGAGAACAUUGCCAAGACUACUCAGAAUAGGAUGAAUUAUUGUGUUGUGAAAUUGGACCAAAUGAAAAUUCAGAACGAGUCGAUAAGUGUUGCCCUCCUCAAUCUUGAAGGACAUACGAAAGGUAGUUCAGCCUCAUUAAAAAGAUUUAAGGAAAGAUUCGAUAAGAUUGAUACCAAAUAUAUGGAUAUUAUACUAACUCUCGAUUCAGAUAUGGAAAAGUUAAGUUCAAUCGAACUGCAUCCAACCAUUCAAACAUCAUCAAGGCGUACACUUCAAGAUUGCAUUCCAAUACAGCAAAUCAAAUUGUGGGCCACCAGAUGUUCACAAGAUUUGUCUACCUUUAAAGAAAAGGUAAUUCAGACCAUUGCUUUAUCCCAACAAAUUGAUAGGGAUGUUGACACUCAACUGUUACUCAUUGUCCCACCAGUCAAUUUUUCAAUGUUAUCCAAACUUUGUACUGAAUCGGAAAACAUUGUAAAUAAUCAAAAAGAACUUGUAAAUAAUAUUAACCGUAACUUCCAAUCCCUUCUACAAAUGGCAUCCAAAUCCGAGAGUCAUAAGGAUGUAACAGUUAUUGUCCAACUCAUUGAAACACAUCAACAUGAUCUUAUUCAAUUGAGAGAUUUUGAAAAUGGCAUGAAAGUGACGUGUGAGAAGAUUGCCCAGUCCAAAGUCAUGCUAACUAAAUACUUACUCGAAAAGUUAAAGGUUAUUUCUACCAUUCAGUAUAGUAUUCUCAAAUUGAAUAAGAAAGUACAAACCUUUGUAAGCGUAUUGAAGAAUAUCAUGUCCAAAUUCCACCACGUCUCAAUUCCAAAAUACCUUCCUGGAGCCUAUUUUAUGGCACUUUUGGAAAUUAUUAGACGAAGGGCCUACAUUAGAAAAUUCGAUGCUGAAGUUAUCAGAGCAUCAGAAAUCAUUCAAGAACUCAGGGAUGAAGAGACAAGAAAUAGAAAGAACUUUUUCAAAGCAUUUGGAAAAUUCUUGCCACCUCAACUCAUUGACAAGAUUAAUGAAUUGCCUGGAAGUGGAGAUGAAAUUUUGAACCUCAUUGGCUCUUAUUCACAAACUGAAAUGAACAAACUUCCAAACAUUUCCAGUCUCGAUGGAAUGGAAAAUAUUGUAAAAAUGGAAGAAAUUGAAAAGACUUUUAACGAUGCAGUCUACUUUGGAGAUUCUGGAUCGAGCAAGUUGGAAUUUAAAUUAUACUCCAAGUUGUUGGAUGAAAAUAAUCUAUUCCACCAAAUGAACGAGAAGAAUAUGAUUUCCUCCUCAAUCAAUUUUGAUUUCGAUAGAGUUAGUAUUGCAGAUAGUGAUACAGAGAUUCAUGGAUCCUCUGCUAGUAGUUCACCAAGAUCCUACACAAAAGCAAAAACAGCCAAUAUUGAGGAAUACGAAAGGAGAAUGGAGGAUUUAGAUAUCAUGGAGAAUCAAUUGAAAUCCAUAUCAGUCAGAGCAACCCCUAGUACACCUUCUGAUAUUGACCAAUUGAGAGAAGAAAAUUUUAUGCUCAAACAACAAGUAUUGCAAUUGCAGAGAGAACUCGAACAAUUAAAGCAAAAUAAAUAA